AUGUCGCCCAUCGACCCAAACCCGCCAUUUCGGCACGCCCUGCUCGCGGGUGCACUCGCUGGCACUACAGUCGACAUGAGCCUGUUCCCACUCGACACUUUGAAAACCCGCCUCCAGUCCUCGGCCGGCUUCUUCCCCUCUGGCGGCUUCCGCGGAGUCUAUAAGGGCAUCGGCUCAGCAUUUUGGGGCUCCGCACCUGGUGCGGCUCUCUUUUUCGUAACCUACGAAGGAAUCAAGUCCUCCAAGGCACUAUCAUCACUCUCGUCGCCCACCACUGGCAAUCCGGCCGCCACCCACAUGCUGGCAGCGUCUCUGGGUGAGAUCGCUGCGUGCGCGGUCCGCGUCCCGACCGAGGUGGUCAAGCAGCGUGCGCAGGCGGGCCAGCAUGGCGGGCGUAGCAUGGCGGCGCUGGCGUCGAUCCUGGCGACGCGGCACGGCGCCGGCGGCCUGGUCGGGGUCUGGCGCGAGCUCUACCGCGGCUGGGGCAUCACCGUCUUCCGCGAGGUGCCCUUCACUGUGAUCCAGUUCCCCCUGUGGGAGGCGCUCAAGGCUUGGGGCCGUGAACGGCGCGACCGCGGCGUCACCAUGGGCGGACCGCAGCCCGACGUCGGCGCCGCCGAGAGUGCGCUGUACGGGAGUGUCAGUGGUGCUGUGGCCGCCGCCGUGACCACCCCACUUGACGUGCUCAAGACGAGGGUCAUGCUGAGCCGCGAGAGGGAGGGAGUACUCGCCAUCACCAAGAAUAUACUGCGUGAGCAUGGAGUCAGGCCUUUCUUCAGCGGCAUUGGGCCGAGGGUUGCCUGGAUUAGUGCCGGCGGUGCCAUCUUCUUGGGGAGCUACCAGUGGGCCAUCAACUGCUUUGCCACGGGAACCCCCGGUUUCGGUCCAUCGUCGCAAUCUCAGCCACCUAUCAGCCUUGCAUCGCAGCAAGACGCACGUCACCGGCGGAGAAGAGGAGGGCAAGGUAAUCUGAAAUACGAAGCAUCGACUGGUCGACUGCUUGGCGGUUCAGACAACUACCGCGACGACACACACGACUACGAGCUCCAGGAGCUUCCCUCGCGCAGUCAGACUUCAGCUACUGCCUCACCGGCUUCCACACCCGACACCAGCAACGAAAAGCUUGAAAGCAGGGCCGCCAAGCGUCGGUGGCUCGAGGAGCAGGACGAGAUGAAGUUCUCUCACAGCAUUCAGUUCAAUGCUGUUCCGGACUGGAGCAGUCACUACAUAGCGUACAGCAACCUCAAAAAACUGAUCUACCAGCUCGAAAAAUCCAUCAACCAAUCCAUAGGCACAGAUGCGGAAUCGAGACCCCUCAUCGGCAAUGAUGAGGAUCCGGAGAAGGUCUUUACACGCGCCCUAGAUGUCGAGCUUGAAAAGAUCUCGUCAUUCUUUGCCGUGAAGGAGCAGGAGCUCUUGGAUGAGGUUAAUUCGCUGCUCAAAGAUAUUGGAGCUUCAGAAGCUGAAGAUGAAGGCAGCCCGAGUCGCCUCGUCAGCUCACACGACCCAACACAGUCCGCAUCGGCUUUGGUCGAAACCCGAAGACACAGCAUGCACAGCCAUCAAUCAACCGACGGCGGCGAUGAUGACAGUGAUGACGCAUCAAAUGACGAUGAGAACACGCCCGCGCUCGCUAGGAAACGACGCGUGAGCUUUGGUAGGAGGAAGACGAUCGGCGCCACCGGCAAUGGGUCCAUGGCGGACAUGACGGCUUCGGCCGAGCUGACGCGGUCUCGCCGACAGAGCACAGUCGCAUUUGACGACUAUGCCGAGCAGGCAGCCCUCUACUCGUCCGACAUUAUGCUGAAGCGCAGGGUAGUGGCCCUGUACGUACAGCUCUGCGAGCUCAAGUCGUACAUUCAGCUCAACAAGACGGGUUUCCGCAAGGUGCUCAAGAAAUUCGACAAGAUUUGCAACAGGUCGCUGCGGCAAAAGUACAUGGAGAAGGUUGUCGAGUCGGCUCCUCCAUUCGUCCCCGAGGCGACCAAGGCAAUCGAGGAGAACGUGUCCAAGAUGGAGCAUGCCUACGCCAAUCUUGUCACCAAGGGCGACAUCGAUCUCGCCAGGAGAGAUUUGCGGUCACACCUUCGCGAACACGUCGUUUGGGAGAGAAACACGGUCUGGCGUGACAUGAUUGGUAUGGAGCGGCGAGCUGAGGCUGCAAGCUUGGGCAGGGCCUUGCUCGGCGGAGACAUCACCACGGGAGCAGCAAGGCUACAGGGCGACGAGGAGAAUGCCAUUCCGAUCAAGGAGAUUGCAACGCCAAUCGGUAGGCUCAAGCUUCCAACGUGGCUGGUCAGCACGUCCCUGCUGAACCUGGUGAUUAUUUUGGCCGUCUUUACGGCACUGCUGGUCCUUCCCAUAAUGGAGAGUCCCGAGCAACAAAAUUGUUUGGCAAUCUUGGUGUUUGCCAGUAUGAUGUGGGCAACUGAGGCCAUUCCUCUCUUUGUAACAUCACUCACAAUCCCUUUCCUCUGCAUCAUCCUCCGUGUUGUACGGUCUGAUGACGGUACCAAGCGCCUUUCCUCCAAGGAUGCUACAGCUAUGGUGUUUUCUUCCAUGUGGACGCCCGUGAUCAUGCUGUUGCUCGGAGGCUUCACAUUGGCAGCUGCGCUAUCAAAGUGUAGGAUCGACAAGCGCAUCGCAACAUUUGUGCUUAGCAAGGCUGGAACUCAACCGCGGACCGUGCUCAUUGCCAACAUGCUGGUGUCGGCAUUUGCAAGUAUGCUUAUUAGUAACGUGGCAGCACCAGUCCUGUGUUACAGUAUCAUCGAGCCGAUGCUUCGUAACCUACCUACUGGCUCGCCCAUGUCCAAAGCGCUGAUUAUGGGCAUCGCCUUGUCGGCCAACAUCGGCGGCAUGCUUUCGCCUAUCGCAUCGCCCCAAAACGUGGUCGCAAUCGGCAUCAUGACUCCAGAGCCGACGUGGGGUGACUGGUUUUUUAUCGUGAUCCCUGUCGGCUUGGUGUCGCUCGGCUUGAUUUGGGUUCUGCUCAUGGUCACGUUCCAGCCCGGUAAGGGCACCAAGAUUGUGCCCAUCAGGCCUGUAAAGGAGCCAUUUAGCAGCGUGCAGUGGUUCGUCUCCAUCGUUACCCUCAGCACCAUCGCGCUGUGGUGCGCCAGCCACCAGCUGGAAGAUGUCUUUGGUGACAUGGGCGUCAUAGCAAUCAUCCCGUUGAUACUAUUUUUCGGCAUUGGGCUCUUGACCAAGGAGGACUUCAACAACUUUCCCUGGACCAUUAUUAUCCUGGCGGCCGGCGGUCUGGCGCUCGGCAAGUCUGUCCGUAGUUCAGGUCUGCUCCACACGCUCGCCAACGACAUCACGGGUCGGGUCGAGGGCAUGAGCUUGUAUGGGGUGCUAGUGGUGUUUUCGUCGCUCAUCUUGGUGAUUGCGACAUUUAUCAGCCACACGGUUGCGGCUUUGAUCUUCCUACCGCUCGUGUACGACAUCGGUGCGGGCAUGGAGGAGCCGCAUCCGAACCUGCUUGUUAUGGGUGGCGUUUUGAUGUGCAGCGCCGCCAUGGGUUUGCCGACCAGUGGAUUCCCUAACAUGACCGCCAUCAUGAAGGAGGAUGCCACAGGUCAGAGAUACCUCCAGGUCAAGCACUUUAUCAGCAGAGGCGUGCCGAGCAGCAUAUUGACACUGAUAGUGUCGGUGACCUUGGGCUAUGGUGCAAUGAGAAUCAUUGGCAUGUAA